AUGAAACACGUGUCCGCAGAGCCUCGCUGGCGAUUGGUCUGUUUGAAUCAAGCUGGGCCGGCCCCUUCCGGCCCCCUCAGUCCCUUGGCGUCCUGGGAGACGGCCAAGCAGUUGGUGAUUAAUAAAUGCACAGAAACCACAGGCGUUAGAGCUGGAAAGAAUUUUAGGGGACCCCCGGUCCAAGCCUUUACAGCCCAGAGAGGCCACUCAGCGCAGCCGGGCUUCAGCUGGUGGGCAGAGGUCCGAUGCUCCGGCAAACGCGGGAACCAGUCCCAGCAGCGCGUGGGGACGCAGAUGCCGCCCAUGGGCGCGCAGACAGGCUGUGCUCCCGGGACUCCCCGCCCCCCGGGGCUGCUAGGGGCUGGCCGCCAGCCUGGGCUGGAGCCUUUCCCGGCUGCCCGUGGGGGUGGCCUUGGGCCAGCUGCACUGUCCAGACUGAGGCAGUCCGGGUUCGUCCUUGGGGCUUCUCCAUCCCUCCGGCCUGGCUCCGGUGCCCUGGGCUCUGUCCUGGGGGACGGAGGGGCUGUUGGAGAGCUUGUUUCUGGGCCCAGGAGCUGCGGCAAGAUCCCAGGCACCUUGGGAGGGCUGGGCCGAGACCCCGACCGAGAGCCCCACAAACCCCCCCCACAGCAUGAAUGUCUCCAGAAGGAUCCAUUCUCUCCGGGCCCACCGACAGAAAGCCCCCUCCGUGGCGGGCCCCGGCCGGCCGCGCGCCUGCAGCAGCGAGCCCGGAUGGGCCCGGGACGAGCAGCUGCCCGCCUUCCACACCAUCUACACCGUGGUCAUCCUGGCCCUGCUCAUGCUCAUGUUGGGGGUCUGGGCUCGCAGAGACACGUGAGAGUCCCCGCCACGGAUGGGCCGGGGCCUGUGGGGGAGAGGAAGAAGCGGGCCUUGGGGGGAGGCCCUGACGGUGCAAAGCCGGGCCCGCUUUCAUCUACCCACGCUCACCUUUGGGGAAGGACGCCCGAGCCUCGGUCUCCAAAGGCCCCCUUGGCCGAGGGCAGCCCGAAGGCCCAGCUAGAGCUGGGCUGCACAAGGCGGCUGUGUGAGCGUGAUGGAAUAAUGGCGGGCAGGAAGACCUGGAGGGACUUAUGGGAACUGAUGCCCAGGGAAGCGAGCAGAACCCGGAGAACGGUGCGUCCGCUAACGGCAACGCGGGGGGAUCCGCUGGGAAGGACAGCCCGGCCGGCCAGGAGCGAUCCCAGCGACCCCGGAGGACUCAGAAGGACGAAGGCCGCCCGCCUCUGAGGGGGACUGAGGGCUGCAGGAAGAAGCCGGCCUUUUUCCCGUCCUUCCCACUUGGGUUUUUGCUUGUAUUUUCUUUUGUAACACGGCUAAUAUGGAAAUGUUUUUUGCAUGACUGCAAAUGUAUCCUCAAUAUCCUAUUUCUGGUCUGGGGCAGGGAUGAGAAACAAGGAAAGGAUUUGGAACUUUAAAAAUAUUUAAAUUUUAAGAUUAUUUUAAAAUAAAGAAUUCUUAAAAUGAAUGUUAAUUUUUUUAAAAAAUUAAGUGGGAAAUAGUUAACAAAGAAAUAAAAUCUAUUUUUAAAAAAUGUGGUAGGGUAUAUUGGAUUACUUGCCAUCUACGGGAGGGGAUAGAAAGAAGGGGGAAAUUUGGAGCACCAGGUUUUGCAAGGGUCAGCGUUGAAAAAUUAAAAAUGCAUAUGUUUUGAAAAUAAAAAGCUUUAAAAAAAAAGAAAAUAAAAAGCUUGAAUAAAAAUAAAUUAAUAAAAUGAUGUAAGAUCAGGUCUGCCCUGGCUCCG